AUGUGUCACGUGAUGAAUGAAAAAUUUUCGGCCAGCAGUCGCCGGGCUACUAGAGCGCAGAGCCACCACCAGGUGAAGCACGACGGCGGGCCUACGGAGCAUAGGCCAGUUGAAGGGAGUCACAAGGUAAGUGCCAGACAAGGGUAUCAGACAAAAGAAUUGCGGUGGGAUAUGUCUUUUCUGUUUGGCAGUAAGAAGCAGGACUCCGGUGCAGAUGACCGGAAGCUGCAGGAGACCCUGGGUUUCGAUCCCCAGCAAGUGACGAACGUGGCGAACAUCAUCGCGACCCCAGGGGCUCUGGAUCCCUCGCGGUUGCACCCACUUGCCGGGUUGGAACGGGGCGUGGAAUAUCUGGACCUGGACGAGGAAAAGCUCUCCAGUGUAGAAGGGUCACAGGGUCUGAUUCCGUCGCGCGGGUGGACGGACGACCUUUGUUACGGGACGGGGUCCGUCUAUCUGACCGGGCUGGGGCUCGGAGGCGCAUACGGGUUCUUUGAGGGCUUGCGCAACAUCCCUCCCAACGCGCCGGGGAAACUGCAGCUUAACACAGUGCUGAACCACAUCACACGCCGCGGUCCAUUCUUGGGGAACAACGCGGGUGUUCUGGCUCUGACUUACAACCUGAUCAACUCUACGAUUGAGGGCUUGCGCGGCAAGCACGAUGCCGCAGGGUCUAUUGCCUCCGGCGCCAUUGCCGGCGCCCUGUUCAAGAGUUCGAAGGGCCUAAAGCCAAUGUACUAUGCAUCCGGUAGUAUGGCGCUUGUCGCAGCUGGCUGGUGCGGCCUCAAGACACUUCUGCUAUAG